ACAUGGAAGAAAAAUUGAUUGAGUUCGUGAGGGAAAACCGGUUCCUAUAUGACAAAAGUCAUAGAAAUUAUAAAAAUAGCUACCUGAGGGACGCCAAAUUUCAGGAGCUAUCGGAAAAAUUGAAUAUUCCAGAUGAGAAGCUAAAGGCCCGUUGGCGGACCCUACGGGAUAAAUUUUAUAAAGACGUUAAAAAGAGACCAUCCGGAAGCGGCGUGCAUUCGCCACACAAAAAGUGGAAGUGGAUGGAGAGUCUACAGUUUUUAAAGGACGUUGAAAUGGACAACUUGAACACACAAGGCAAUUAUGGCACCGUAGCGACAGAAGGUGACGACUCCUUCCUCAGCGACUUUGGCGAAUCCGCCUGUAGCAGUGUCAAUAUAAACAUAUUUUCCGAAUCACCGCAGACGCAGACACAGACACAGACGCAGACACAGACAUAG